AAUUAUUAAUAAUUCCUCAGUUUGAACUGAGAAUGCACCAGAGAGCAGCUUUUUCACUGUACUCCUAUCUUCAGUUACAGUGUGUGUGGUCCCUGGCAGAUUAAAAACCAUGACGUCAUUGUGGCAGGAGGAGUGUAACGACCAGCAUCUGACAGCAGAGUGCAGUGGAGGGGAGCAGUGAGCCCUGUGUAAGUUUCGUUUUCCCAGGAAAUGAAACCCAGUCAGGGUAUAUAAGGCGUGGUAGGAGUCUGACGACCAGUAUCCAGAUUGGAGAUAUGGGACUCUUGACUUUAGUUGCUGUUGCUGCAGGGGCAGGGGGGGCAGUGGUCUCUGCUCCUUUUGUUCUGGGGGCGGUGGGCUUCACCUCUGCUGGUAUAGCUGCGGGCUCCUACGCUGCUGGCUUGAUGUCCACGGCAGCCGUAGCAAAUGGAGGAGGGGUGGCAGCAGGGAGUCUGGUGGCCGUUCUGCAGUCAGCAGGCAUGGCCGGCCUCUCUGGGGCCGCCACUGCAGCUGUGGCCAGUGCUGGGGCGGGAACGGCAGCAGUCCUGACCGCUCUCAUCUGACACCAAGAUCAUGGAAGGAAUGGGGGAUGAUUCAUGUUCUCUUCUGCCAGCUUAAAGCAAAUGCCAUUCAGAAAAGCUAUUCAGAUCAAUGACGUAAAAUAUGUCAUUGAAGGAAACUUCUCUAAAUGAUGGAUCAAGCCUUGUUGUCAAAUGAACAUGAAUAAAUAAAUGCUUUUAAAAACUCAUCAUU